AUGGUUUCUUCAAGUUUUAUAGCUGGCAUCUUUGCAUGCCUCGCCUUUGCUGGCAUUAACGCUGGACCAUGUCGCCCUAUUUCUUCUUCGGUCGAGUUUUCUUCUUCCACUGAGCUAUCGCCCGCUGCUACUACUACCGCUACGGCCACCGAGACUGGCGCGUCUGUUACCAUGACUGGAGACACAGAGACAACCGCAACCACUCUGUCAACGGAUACUACGACUACAGACACCGAGACUCCCACCACAGCUCCUCAACCCAACAACAAGCUUGAUGAGAUUCUUGUCCCUACAUUUGACGAGUGCCUCGCUGCGUGCGAUAGGAACCCCGCCUGUGUGGCAACAACCUACUUCGGGGACACAAGGAAGUGUACUCUGUUCUCCAGCACCAACACCAACCCCAAUGAGAAUUUGGGUCUCACAUUUGGCCAAUGCAUCGCUAAAUGCGAUGAUACUCCUGCCUGUCUGGGUGUUGACUACCUCGAAACGGCACAGAAGUGUACCUUACUCUUUACUAUUACAACUCCUCCUGAACCGGAAACGAACCCCAAUGAGCUGGUUGGCGUUACAUAUACCCAAUGUAUCGCUGCAUGCGAUGCCACUACCUCCUGUGUAGCUGUUAACUACCUUGCAGAGAUGCAGAAGUGUACUUUACUCUUUUCAAUUUUAUAA